AUGCCUCCUCAGUGCCUGAUACCAGACAGGGCUCUUUCGAUUCUCGCUGAAACUCAGUCUUCUGUUCCGACUCAAGAAAUCGAGGACGACCAUGAGGCAGAAGUCGAAUCACUUGUCUCUGGCAUUGACCUUGACGACCGCAUGGAGCAAUCUGCAUCUACUGGGACGCACUACUUACGCGAAGCUAGCUCAGUAUUCAAGAAGCAAAAGCUUGAUCAAACUGUGAUGUCAGACAAUCUCAAGAAGGCGUCAGCAAACGUCGUGGUGGAUAACACACUAAAUGAAUAUCGGCGGCUCAGGCUUAGUACUAUUGACAGCCUAUGGGACCAGUUCAAGUCCUUUUGUGCCGAGUUAGGCUUCGUUGACGAUGCUCAGGUGAUGGACAAGUACGCGCAGGAUAUUCCGGAGGGGCUGCCGUCGUGGAUAGCAGUUUGGAUUAUGAACAACAGGCGGAUGACCUGGACAUCCAUACCGGCAAGCCGAAGGAUCCCAGCGUUCCCCGUGUUAAGUAAUGCGACAGCUCAGAAGAUGCGCGCAGCGAUCAGCCACAAGUUCGGGCGCGACUUCGGGUUCGGUGAACAACCUUGGUCUCAAAAUGCCGCGACUGGGACAUUUUCGGGGAAUCCCUCCCUGUCUGUGGUGGUCUCGCAGUACAUGAUAAGUUUGCAGCGCCGCAAGCUCUGGGAGUUCAAUAUCAAGUAUUCGACUGAUCGCAGGCGCACAACAUCGCGCAAGCGGAAGGCUGAGCAUCCAGAGGACUGGGCGGGUUACCGGGUAUUGCACCAUUCCCCCCUCUACCCUAAUCAAGAACAGCCGUGGUUGUGUCCGGUUCGAGCGUUUGCAAAAUGGUGGCAACUGUGCGGGGAGAUGAACAUCGAACGUACGGGAUAUAUCUUCCGCAAGCGCGUUGGACGUGACGGUUCAAACGACAACUUCGUCCAGUGCUUCCGGAAUAACCUCGUUGACAUUCUGAUCGAUCCUCGGCCUUAUGGGACCCACUCGUUUCGUCGCGGCGGGUGCCAGUAUCUUGCAAUGGUCAAGCGUUGGCCAAUUCGUGACAUCUGCACAUGGGGCGGCUGGGCAGAGAACUUCGACAACCCUAGUACUAUCUUCAAGUAUCUCAUGUCAUGGGUGGAUACUCCUCUCCUCGAGAGGAAGGACUAUUUCAACCCCAAGAGGGCCACAGCUGACACUUGUCAUCAGUGUGGUCGCACCUGCACAUGCGCGUGA